UUUCAGGUAUAGCAACCUCAUAUUGAUUCCACCUACGAUAGCAAUGUUACAAAAAUCUCAAUCCCUUCCGGAAACAUCAAAAGAUAUGACCGAAAAGUUGCAAAUAUCAUUACCCGAUUUUGUCGUACCUAUUAAACGUUAUCCGUCAAUGAUUGUGGAAAACGACAAUAACGAUUAUGAUACACCAUUUGAAGCAUUCGUUUGGGAUUGGCCAUUUAGUGAGGAUCGUGUGGCCAAAGGAUUUUUUUCCGAUCAAAAAUUCUUUGUUUGUUUGCCUUUCAAUCAAGGUGGCACUGGGGAAUCUAGAGGAACGCUGAAAAAGUUUGAAAAGAUCUCAGAAUCGAACUUUAGUUGCAUCAUUGGACUUUGCAAUAACAAUUUCUUUGGAACUUGCUUUUGGCGACUUGAAAUCGAAAUUUUGAGGAGUCUCAAUAUGCUUAUACUCAAUGCCUCAAGGGAUGUAUCACGACCAGAUGAAACAGUGAAACGUUUGAAACGUGUUCGUAAAGUAUACAAACUACCCCAACAUUGUGAUAUAUCAACACUCACAACAGCAAGUUAUGAUUGGGCAGUUAUAAUUCAAGCAAAUCGAAGAGAUGACAAGUUUUCUGGAAAGAAUCGUCCUAAAACAUUGCAACGAAGCGUUACGCUUGACAAGUAAACUGUGGAAUUGGGAUGUAAUAUUGUCAAAUACAGAAGUGACCUGAAGUUUUAGAAAUUUUUCCGCGAACAACAAAACCAUUCAAUGCAAUCCAUUAAAAGUUUGUCUUCAAACAUUUUUUUUGAAAAAUAAAUCUCACGGGAUACUGCAAUUUGGAGCAGUAGUCUAAAGAAUGUUUGACAAAACAGCCA